AUGGUGUCGGAAUAUUUCGCCAUCUAUCUAGUUUAUAUCUAUCUAUCUAUCUAUCUAUCUAUCUAUCUAUCUAUCUAUCUCAAUCUGUUCAGACGUAUUUAUCUAUCUACCUAUCUUAGACUGUUUAUAUCUAAGACUGUUCAUAUCUAUCUAUCUAUCUAUGUAUCUAUCUAUCUGACAUGUCAUAUCUAUCUACAUAACUAUAUUAAUCUGUAUCUAUCUAUCUAUCUAUCUAUAUCUACCUCAGAAUUUUCAUAUCUAUCUAUCUCAGUCUGUUCAGAUAUAUUUAUCUAUCUACUUAGACUGUUCAUAUCUAAGACUGUUCAUAUGUAUCUAUCUAUCUAUUUAUCUAUCUAUCUCAGUCUGUUCAGAUGUAUUUAUCUAUCUACCUAUCUUAGACUGUUCAUAUCUAAGAAGGAUCAUAUCUAUCUAUUUAUCUAUCUAUCUGACUUUACAUAUCUAUCUACAUAUCUAUAUUAUUCUGUUCAUAUCUACCUAUCUUAUACUGUUCAUAUCUAUCUAUCUAUCUAUCUAUCUAUCUAUCUAUCUAUCUAUCUAUCUAUCUUAGACUGUUUAUAUCUAAGACUGUUCAUAUCUACGUAUCUAUCUAUCUAUCUGUCUAUCUAUCUAUCUAUCUAUCUAUCUAUCUAUCUAUCUGACAUUUCAUAUCUAUCUACAUAA